AUGGCGGCACCUGACGCGGUGCUGUCGCCUUUGGCCGUUGCCCAAAUCGCCGUGUCCAGAAGAGAACCGCCGGAAAGAGUGCUCUCGUGCGCGAUCAAUCUCCUUCAAUAUUUCGUGGAGGAGGAUAGGAAUCGCCACGUGGCACGGUCCGGUCAGCAAUCGCAGCAGGUCGCACAGGGCGAAAAUGGAAAACACCCACCUCCUGGUGUCACAACCGCUGAGGAACCCAUUGAUGCGGAAGCCACAGCCGGCAAGCGAAAGAAGAAGAGCAAGAAGAUCGCUGGUAAAACAGUUACCACCGACGGGGAUAACGCUCCUGCGGAAGGAUUGGCAGGGGAGCAAGGCUUCCGGUCCCCCGCGGAAUCUGCGGGCAUGUGGGGGGAAUGGGGUUCCCAGGCGCGCCUACACGCACUGCGCGCCGUUUUCGAGUUCGCGCAGCUGUCCCUCCUCCGAUCCAUCCGCCCCGGACCUGCUGGCGCUGGCUCGGGCUCCAAACGAGCCAGGCCUGGCUCGGGAACGCCAGGCUCGGCAGAGAAGCUUGCUGGGGAGAAGGGGGAAAAGAGGCGGAAGAAUCAGGCGGGAGGCAAAGCGGAGGGGGAAGGGAUAGGGGGAGGGAAAGUAGAAGGCGAUGGGGAAGGUAAGGGGGAUGCGGGGAAGGGGAGGGACGGAGAUUCGGCCCCUGCUCUCAUGGAUGCACGCUAUUGGUUCGUUCUGUCUGCGUCUCUCUCGCUGCUGCAGCACCAUCCUGGUUGGCUGGUCGUCUCGUCCAACCUCUUCCAGCCAAUCACGGCGCUGCUCUCUGCAAUGACUCAAGACAAUGCCCUUCACAGAAUUCUGAAUAAAUCAGGACAAGCAGCACCAGCACCGGCAGCAGCAGCAGCAGCAGCAGCGGCAGCAGGGGAAGUGCCAUCUAUAGGACGGAGCCUUCACGCCCUGCUCACUGUUCUCUUGAUGCCGAGCCUGACAGGCAGGCUCGGCGCGUCGGAUCUGAAAUCUCUGGGAGCGCCAGGCGUGGGGUUCAAAGCGUCAAGCCCAGUGGCGUUCCAUCCGAGCCUGGAGCACUGGGUCGGUCUGGUCCGAGCCUCCCUGCAGCUUCUUCAGAGCCUGCUAUGGCUCGGAGGCAAUAAUGAAUCAUCCGUAAAAGCAGCAUCACCAGCAUCAGCAUCAGCGGCAGCAGGAGCAGCGGACGAGUGGGGGCGGGUGUGCAGUGUGUGUCUGCAUGGGUUUGGUGUGUUCGCAUCAAGCCACCCGCAGGGCAAGAAGGUGUUUGUUGCUGUGCUCUCUCGCCUGCUGCCCCUUGUGCUGCAGCUAAGGACACACCUCGUUCAGGGUCAGGGGCGGCUGGGGAAGGGGGGAGGAGAGUUGGGGGAGGACACGGUGGGUUUAGUCUUAUCUGCAAUGGACGUGAUUGUGAAGGAGGCGUUGUUUGGACGCGUGCAUGCAGAGGGGUAUGUGUCCCAGUGCGCGGGUAUAGCUACUGCUAUGGCUGCUGGUGUGGGUGGUGGUGGUGGUGGUAAGGUUGGGGGAAUGGGUGGGCAGAGAACAUGCAACAGAGGAACACCUGAGAAAACACCUGGGGAGUCAAGACAUGGACGGAAGGGAGGGAAUGUUGGGGGGGCGGCAGAGGGUGAGGGUGAGGGUGAUGGAGAUGUGGAAGGUUUGGGGGAGGAAGGCAGGUUCGGCAGCUACCACCGGCAGUUCCUGGCGUUUCUCGAGGCUGGGAUCAGGUCCGGGAACGUGCCGAUCCUGCACAGCCUUGGGUGGAUGUUUGGGAUUUACUCCCGGAGUGUGGUGGAAAUUGCAAGAGAGAGAGUAGGCGAGGUGGGAGGGAGGGGGAAGAGGAGAAAAGCAGCAGUUCAGGGGGGGAAAGGAGGGGUGAGUGGUGAUAGGGAUGGAGGGGAGGGAGAAGGAGAGGAGAAGGCAGGGGAAAGGGGUGUGGAAGUGGGGGGAGGGAGAGGAGGAGGAGGAGGAGGGGGAGGAGGAGGAGGAGGAGGAGGAGGAGGAGGAGGAGGAGGAGGAGGAGGAGGAGGAGGAGGAGGAGGAGGAGGAGGAGGAGGAGGGGGAGGGCAGGGAGGAGGUAUGGGAGGAGUAUUGGGUGCAGAUGAUCCGGAAGUGUCUCAGCUGUUGCAGUCGCGGUUCAAUCUUUUUGCGCAUCUGCUGAGGCCGCUGAUAGGCGAACUGCGAGGCCAAGUGGUGGCGCUCACACAGGGGGGCGCGCAGGCAGAGCAGCAGCAGCACCAGCAGCAGCAGCAGCAGCAGCAGCAGCAGCAGCAGCAGCAGCAGCAGCAGCAGCAGCAGCAGCAGCAGCAGCAGCAGCAGCAGCACCACCACCACCACCACCACAAGCACCAGUGGUCCCAGCAGCACCGAAAGCAGCAGCAGCAGCACCAAGGCAAAGCAAGCCGAGGUGGUAACCAGUCGGCAGCAAGCAGUGCUGCGGAUCCUGCCAGCCUGGCAGCUGUGCUACGUGGCACAAGGGCAAUGGUGGACGCUGCCAUAGAGGAGGGUAUCUACGAUGGGCUGUCAGACGUGAGCGACAGCAGCAUUGGCAGCAGCCGCGGCCACACCAGCAGCGGACGAAGCAGAGGAAGGAGGGUAGGAGUAGAAGCAGGAGCAGGGGGAGAGGGAGGGGCGACGAGACUGGGUCUGCUGUUGCACUUGGCUGGGCUGGCAGGGGAGGUGGGCAGUGCGUGGCGCAUGUGGGACGUUGUACAGAAGCCUGGGAUAGGUGCUACUGCUUCUGCUGUCGCCGGUGCUAGCGGUGAUGGUGAUGGGAGGCACCAAGGGGACGCAGCAGCAGCUCAGGUUUGGGCCGAGAUUCUCCAGCUGCUUUGGGGGCUGGUUCGGCUGGAGCCUAGGGUGGUGGUGCUCGUGGAUGGCCUGCAUGACGCCACGUGGCAGCUUGUGAUUGGGGCUUGCACUGCGUGCGAGAAGGCACGAUCGGAAGGGUUUGAUGCAGGUGGUAACAAGCGGAUGUUGGAGGAGCAGCGGGCGGCAGGGUGGGCGGCAGUGUGGGUGGCGGCAGUCAAGAUUGCCAGUCAGCUGGUGGUGACGUGGAAAGAUAUGCGACAGCUAGUGCUGGCCAUCCGAGCCAUUCUCUCUUCCACCCUUGGCUCCAGGCGACCUCUUCUCUCGCUACCUUCUACCCUGCCCUCCCUGGUAGCAUCGGAAUCGCCUGCAGCAGUGGCAGCAUCUGCGGCGCUCCUGUCGUCGCCUGACCUCCUCUCGGUGGUCCGGGAGGCUGCUGCUGCGGUCCCUCCAGGCCAGGUGCCGAGCCUGCUGCUUAGCUUCGGGGAGGAGCAGGUUAUGCUGGUGGUUGGUUGGGAGGGUGACACUGAGGGAGGGAGAAAGAAAGAGGAAAUGGAGGGUGUGGGAUGGGGCGAGGAGGAGAAACAGAAGGGGAGGAAGGCAAAGAAGGGGAAGGCUGACCAGGUGGUUUCUCAGGUGAAAAAUCAGAUGCAGGGAGCACAGGAUAGGCUCACCUGGGCGGCUUCCAGCUUCGUUGCUACAGUGCUCCGCAGCCUGCCUGUUGCACUGGGAACCGCCAUCCAGGUGGACGGCAACGUCUGUCGUCUAGUGCAGUCCCUUGGGCGGUCUGUGUUGGGCAAGUGGGUGGCUGCUGUGCUGGCAAGAACCAAUUGGAUGGAUGGGAAUGGGAAUGGGAAGGACUCUACUGCCGACCUUGCUCUUACCCUUGUUCGCCGUGCGGCAGCAAGCAUCGGGGCAGGCCUUGAAAUGUUUCUGGCUGCCCAUGAGCUGCACCUGCGGUGUCUGUACAAUGCACCUCCCUCAGAAGAGUCCAAAAUGGGCCACCGCUUCAGCCUCUCGUUCCCGCUCCCGCUCGAUCCUGCUGUAAGCGUGCCAGGCUCGUCAGAAACUGGCUCGGCAGAGUUAGGUUCGGCAGGGACAGGUUCGGCAGGGGAGGUUGCUGGAGCUGCUGCUUUGGAGCAGCCUGCUUCCAGAUGGCGGUUUGUGAUUGGCUGGCUGAACCGAGUGAUGAAUGGAAAGGCAGAGGAGGAACAAGAGCAGCAGCAGGACGAAGAGGAUCAGCAAGGGGAGGAAAGCAGAGAGCUGCUUCGGCUGCGCUUCCUGACCCUCUCUGCUGCUACCACUGCCCUCUCCUCCCUCUCCCCGGUGCUGCCUCUGGGUGCGAGCAGUGCGGGUGGUAAGAGUGGCGGACUGUGGGGAGAGACGGAGGCAGCAGCAGAGGCGGGGAAGGGGAGGAAGAAGGUGAAGCGGGGAGGAGCAGAGGGAGCGCGGGGUGUGGGGGAAGAUGGAGCGGUGGGGAGUGGUGUUGGUGCGCUGGCUGCUGCUGUUGCCCAUGAGCUGUCGUUCGGGUGUGUGGGGGCGGGAGAGGGGCGGAGCCGGUGGGUGGUGAUGGGGAGAGAAACAGGCGGGAAAGGGGACGCCGGAGCAGGAAGGAAGGAGGAAAAGCACGAGGGAAGCGAUAGGUAUCGGAGCAGGAGGGGGAGGCAGUGGGACGGAACAGUGGGCAGCAUCAGCGGCGGGGAUCUCAACGCGGCGUACCUCUCCCUUGCUGCUUCCUCCGCUCUCCCCCUCUGGAUCCCCGCUGCCCCUCGCCCCGCCGUGAGGGAGUUUGUGCUGCUGCUGCUCGCCCUCGCUGCUAGGGAGGUGCUUGGUGGUGCAGGAGGUGUUAAGGAGGUGGCGGGGGGUGCAGAAGGGAGGGCUGUGGCGGCGCUACGGAAUCCUGUGUUCUUCGAGAUUGAGGUGAGUGGCGUCUGGUUUGAUGGGUCCCCUCUGUCCUCCCUUGCUGCCUCCUCUGCUCUCCCUCUCUGGAUCCCCCCGCUGCCCCUCUGGUGGUUUGAGAGGGACGGCUGUGGCGGCUUUGAGGUCGUUUUUGAGGCGCCUCAAAAUCGUCCCCGCUGCCCCUCUGGUGGUUUGAGAGGGACGGCUGUGGCGGCUCUGGCGGCGCUGCGGAAUUCCUCAUUUGUGACUAAUCUGCGGGCAGCUGUGAAGGGCAGCUUGAAACUCUCCACCACCUGCCCACCUUCUGCCCUAGCAGAAAGAAUCACCCUUCUCCGUUUUCUCUCCCUCCACCAAUCCCUCUCUCAUCCCUCGCCUUCCGAACCAAGUUGCCCCGAGCCUGGGUCUGGUCUGGUGCCGAAGCUGCUACCAUGGCUGGUGGUAGGCUCGGUGGGAGCAGGUGCUGUGAAGCGAUGGGAACAGCAGGAGGGACGGAAAGGGGAGGAGAUGGCAUGGGCUGGGGGGGCAUUGCGGGAGGGUGGAGGGGCAGUGCGAGAUGGGGGAGGAAUGGGGGAUGGGGAGGCAUGGGAAGCGAUGGAAUGGGUUGGGGUGGCCAUGGGGGGUGGGGAGGCAUUGGGGGUUGAGGAAUCAUGGGAAGCGAUGGUGGCGGCGAGUGGAGCAGCAGUGGGCAUGGCAGUGCAUGCAGUCAUGAUGGAUGGUGGGGAGGAGGGGAGCAAGGAGAGGGGCGAGGAGGAAGGCAAGAAUUCAGAAGGGAGGGAAGAAGCUAUGGAUGAUGCAGAUGAUGCGGAUGGUGCGGAUGGUGUGGAUGGUGCGGAUGGUGUGGAUGGUGCAGGUACAGAUGUGGAUACUGCCAUCGCCCGUCUGUCUCGCUCCCAUCCCGAGACUGCCACAGCUCUCAUCUCCUCCGUUGAGAUCCUCGCCUGGGUCCCCCGCUGCAACCCCACUCCUACUGCUGCUGCAUCAGCUGUAACAGCUGUAGCAACAGCAGCACCAGCAUCUGUAGCACCAGCUGCUGCUGCUGCUGCGGAGGCGUCUGCAGCGGCUGUAGCGGCGGCUGUGAGCUCGGGAGCGCUGUGGGAGAUGGCAGCUGUAGCAGACGGAUUGAGCCAUGCUGGCGAUGAGUUAGCAGCACCGGCUGUAGCGCGUGCUACAGUGGGUUCGGCUACAGCUGUUGGUGAGGUGGGCAGUGAAGGGUCAUUGCUGGCACGAUGGGGUGGUAAGAUCCCUGCCACGUGGCGUGCUCUAAUUGGCUGCCUGGAGCCUGCUGUUGAAGGGGCGUUGAGGGGGAUGCUGGGGGAGAGUGAGAAGGGGAGAGAGGAGGGAGGAGGAGAAGGAGAGGAAAAGGAGGUGGGAGGAGAAUACAUGGAGGAUGGUUUGGAUUGGCUGCCGCUGCAUGGACUGGGGUUUGAUGUGGCUAAGGAUGGUGGUUUGGAUGCUGUGCGUGGUGGGGAUGUUGGUGGUGAUGGGGAUGGUAUUGGUGAUGUGAAGGGGAUAGGUGGGGAUAGGGUGGAGGAAGAUGAGGAGGUGAGUGAUAAAGAGGAGAGCGAGGAAGAGGAAAGUGAGGCUGAGGACGAUGAUGGUGAGGAGAAUGAGAGUGAGGACAGUAAGGAAGAGAGUGAAGAAGAGGAGGGUGAGGAAGAGAGUGAAGAAGAAAGUGAGGAAGAGAGUGAGGGGAGUGAGGAGAGUGAGGAGAGUGAGGAGGAGAGUGAGGAGGAGACUGGGGAUGAGAUGGAAGUGGAUGGAGAUGCAAGUGCCAGCAAGCGGGGGAAGAAGCCACGUCCCCAGUCACCUUUGAGUCGACUCAAACGUCCCCAGUCACCUUCCAAGACAGAGAGAGGAGCAGCAGGAGGAGCAGGAGAAGUGGGACGAAGAGGAGAAGGUGCAGAGUGGGAGGAGAGCUGGUUACGCAGUUACCACCUUCCAGACUCACAGAAACACGCCCUCCGUCGCCUCCUUACAAGCGCAUCCGACUGUGUCACAGCAGCCCACCUGUUCUCUGCUGCCGCUGCUGCGCUGCAUCUCAGGUGCGCCCUAGUCAUGACCGAGGGGGAUAAGGAACCGCCCAGAGAAGGUGGAAUGGAGAAGGCGGCACAGUCGGCUCAAGAGGGAGGAAACGGGCUUGGGAGAAGAAAAGAGAGGAGGGGAAAACGGGGUGCACAGGUGAAGGGAGAGGAGGAGGGAGGGGAGGAGCAUGAGGAGGAGAAAGAGAAGGAGCAAGAGGAGGAGGAGGAGGAAGAGGAGCGGAGAGUUGUGGGAGGAGAGCAGCUAGAAGCACAGAAGAGGUACGUCCUGUCGCGUGCGUUUGUUGAGAGCGCCGUGCAGCCCAGGCUUGCGUCCGCCCUCUUCAUUCUCCACCACGCCUCCCUGCUGCUGCGAGUGGAUGCCCAAGCGGCACCUCCAACGCCCUCUUCUGAACUCGCCACAGCUGCCGCAGCUGCCGCAGCUGUCACAGCUGUCACAGCUGUCACAGCUGCUACAGCUGCUACAGCUGCUGCAGUGUCCACAGGAGUGGCGGCACCGGGACCGAAAGAAGCAGGUGGUGGUUCUGCCUCAGUCCCAGCUGUGCUGCGCUCUGCAGCGCCUCUCCUCCUGGCGGUGCUGCAAUUCACACAGGUCGCUGGCACGCGCAUGCUUCGCUGCGUAUCUCCCCACCCCCCCGCCUCCGCCUUCCGGCGAAUCGUGCGAGUCCACCUGGCGCUCCUCUCCGCCCUCUCCUUACAGUCACAGUCACUGUCACUUUCUGCAGGAUCAGCAGCAGCGGAAGUAGAGGCAGCACGGCAAGUGGUGGCGUCGCUGGUGCAAGCCACAGACGGGGCGUUGAAGCAGUUUGUGCAGUGGGCGUGGCACGGGUGGGUGGCAGUGGUCUUCCGCACCUGCAGGCACGAGCUCGCCUUGCACGUGGAGGGGGGCGCUGGAGGAGGGUGGGCAGGGCUGGGAGAAGGGGAAAGGGGAGGCGAGAGGGGAGAGGAGAGAGGAGAGGCGAGGCUGCAGGCGAGGGCUGGGGCCAGCGGGCAAAGCACGUAUAUCAAGGGGAGUGCUGCUCAUGCAGAAGGGGACCUCUCAACGGAGUUUGGCAGCUCAGCAGGAUUGGAGAACGGUCCAAUAGGGUUGGAUGCGGUGGCAGUGCUGGCAGAGAAGCUCAUUCACAGCUGCCCCAGCGGCCAGUCGCUGCACUUCCUUGCUGCCCGCUCGCCCCUCCUCGCCUCCCUACUCUUCAAAGCCAUUACCUCCUACACACACUCUCAUCUCUAUCCAUCCUCCGACUCCUCCGCCUUUCACGUGCCCUCGGUACCCGCACUCGCUCCCUCACUCUUUCCUUGGCUCAACCUCUCACCCGCUCCUUCCAUUACUCCUGCCAGUUUUUUCACCAUCUGCCAUCACAGCCUGUCAGCUCUCACGACUCUCGCUGCCCGGAGCGCAAUUUUCCCUUUUCGGGCAGGCCACGUCAGCCUGGGUCUCGCCUGCCCGAACCUCAUUCUGCCCUCCAUUGCAGCUUCUCCUGAUUCGCUCGUUGGCAUGGGCCUGGGCGAACGGGCGGCGUUGUUUGUUGGUUUCUGCCAGCUGCUUUGUGCUAUCAUUCCCACGGCUGCCAGCUGUGCGCUGUGGCUGAGACGGGUGUAUGAUGAGGUAUCGGAGCAGCGUACCACGCUCAGCAAGAUCUGUCCGCUGCUAUUGGCAGACUACAUCAUCGCCAUCACCACCACUGCCACCGUCGCCACCGCCUCACCCACCACUCCAGCAGCAGCUCUGCUCCAGCAGCUUCAGUCGCCCUUCACCACUGCUAGCUUCGAUCCCAUCAGCCCUGGAGCUGGUGUUGGUCAGCAGAGCAACCAACAGCAGCAGCAGGUUAUCGGAUUGCCCAGCACUGUGGAAGCAGCGUUGGAGCCAGGGGCGUUCGCGCUUAUGGAUGUGUGCGCACCGCACGACCUGCAGUUCCUGCACAUGGCGCUCGGAUCAGUGUCUCCUUUAUCCUCCCCUUCACCGUAUUAUCCCCCUGCAGGUCAUUCCCGAAGGGCCGCUCUUGCCCGCUUGAAGCAAAGCUAUGACGAAUCUUACAAGUACGAGGGCAAGGUGUAG